UGGACGGUGUCCGUUUGUGCAGUCCAUGAUAAAACAGUAAAAAUUAAAGUCUUAAAUCAGUGCCUUUUAAACAAAAUUAGUGUUAAAGUUGUUCUCCAAGUGUUAAAAGUAGUUUUAACGUGUUAGUGAUAGUUUUCCCUGUGCCUAGACGAUGUAAAAUACGGUUAACCCAGACCCCUACCUGUUGACAACAACACCGGGUGACCCAUUAUGGUGAAUAAAGCUCUCAUCGAACAAGCCGAAGACAAAUCUGCGAACAUGGAAGAAUCUGGCGAGAGCGAAGGCCGUAAUAACAGCUGUGCUGAGCAGAGUGGGGAUGAGAACCACAGUCAGCAGCUUAACCCUCCAGAACCACAAAAUGAGGAUGGUGAAGAGGUUCCAAGUAACAAUAACGAAAACGAGACUGAGGGCGUCCAAGAAGCGAUUUCUGUACAGAGCAACCCAUUUCCAGAGUUGGAGUCAGUUGAAAGUGGGUGUAAACCUCUUGCAGACACCCUUUCCAUCGGUAGUUCUAAAUCUGGUCAGGACAUCCUAGAGGAGACUCAUUGCAUUGAAACUCUGCCGUCUUCAGACUCCAAUAAAGAAAAUAUUGAUAGCAACGUUCUCCAUGCGAGUUACAUAGAAUUCGAACCUCCCGUCACCUACAGCGACUACGACAACACCGACGACAUCCCCCUACUCCAAUUAUUAAAAAUCCACGGAAAACACUUGGUCUCGGGGUUCGAAUUUGGGGAAGCCACGAAACGUCGAGCCCAAGAGAACAUGAAAACCGCACGCGACAAAAAGAAGGGUGAGAGCAGAAGAAGUGAAGAACUCACUCUGACUGACAUUCUGCAGGAAGAACCCACUGAAAUGAGUAAAGCCUGCUGCUCUAAAACCUUGUCAGAAACCGAGCACAAAACCCCUCAUUCGCGCAAACGCCAAAGACUCGCAGAAUCCAGGGUCAAUGUCGCGACUUCUGAGGACUUUUCAAAAGCGACACGUCGGGUUCCUGAAUGUCUUCUCAAAUAUCCAGAGUGCAAAGAAGUUUGGAUGUAUAUGAUUUUUAAAGAGGAGGCUGCCCACAAGCUGCGCAAUCCGCGUCUUUUUAACGAUUUUAAGAGUGUGACGCCUAGAAUGAGGGCGAUUCUUCUUGACUGGUUAAUGGAAGUGGCGGCCGUUUACCACUUAAGAAGAGUAACUUAUUAUUUGAGUGUUGAUUAUUUUGAUCGUUUUUUGUCAAUACGACCUGAUAUACCAAAAAGUUUGUUACAAUUAGUGGGGAUUACUUGCUUGUAUAUAGCUGCUAAAGUUGAGGAGAUUUACCCCCCGAAUUUGUCUGAGUUUUCUUAUGUGUGCGACGGCGCAUGUAAAGCUAAGGAGAUGGUGUCCUGUGAACUUUUGAUUUUAAAUAGUUUAGGCUGGGAGGUCGUUCUUACAACACCAACUGAUUGGCUGAACUUAUAUAUGCAGUUACAUUUCAAAACUAAUGACAUAGUCCGUUUCGGUCUGAGUUUGGAUUUCAACAGGGACUUUAUUUUUCCCCAAUAUUCAGCCUUCCAGUUCACACGGGCAUCCCAACUGAUGGAUUUGCUGUCUCUAGAUCCAGGUUUCUUGAAGUUCAGUUACAGCGUCAUCGCUGCAGCUGCGAUGUUCUACAUGUAUGGAGAAAAUAUAGCCCUUAAUGUCUCAGGUUUGUCCUGGGAACAGUUAAAACCCUGUGUUAACUACAUGGAAGUUUUUAAUAAAAUAAUCGAAGAUGCCCCAGAUCCUCGCCUGCUGUCUUGUUUAGGGGGUCCUCACCCAGAAGAGGCGAACCGUUCGUCCGGUUCGUCAAGGUUGGCACAAAGUAGCCCACAGAACGAAAAUUACUCAUUCCAGACACACGUAGCCAGCAUGGAGUACUUUGAAAAAGCUACUAUUUAUCGCCUGUCGUGUCACACGCGUUCAUCGGAAGGGUCAAGUCAGCCGACGACCCCCGAAGUCGCCCGAAGUGACAACGAAGCUGAAGACAACGGCGUUAACGAAGGACAGGAAGAUGAUAUUAGCCCUAGUUUAGAGUUAAAUUCGUUAGAAGAACUCACCAGAGGCGAGGAGAUCCCGGAAUUGAGCGGUGACGAGAAUUUGAUGAGUUUAGACGAAAUUUUCGAACUGAUUUUGAGUCAAGAUGAUACGAAAAGUACAAAUGAAGAUUGUUAAUUCCGGUUGUGAAGUCGUUUGUAGAGGUUUAAAUAUUAUGAUUAAAAAAAUUAAGUUGGUUGGGAAUUAAGUCUCAGGUUUCUGUACAGUUACGGCGGUUUGGCCUCUAAAGUUGUAUUUAGUGUUUUUAGUGUUCGUCACCUUUUGUAAUUAAUUAUUCUGUGAUCAAUAGUGUUAAUAUUGAGAUGACUAUGGUUUUAAAGUUCUUAUAGUUAUGACGUGUUUAGUAAUAGGUAAAAGCAAUAGUAAAUGGAUUAAUUAUACAUAUUUUUGAGAUCUCACGUUGUAAAUUGUUUUAAAAUGUUUGUAACACUUGUGUUUUUAGUUUUAAAGCGGACCAAAAAGAGAAGA